AAGUGAGCAUGGCUCCAAAGAAGCGGCGAUUUUGCCCUCAUUGCGAAGAGAAUGUAUCGGUGAGGACAUAUAGAGACCAUUUUGAACUGUAUUUCGACAAGGAAAAAGAUGAGUGGCAGAAAGUCCAAUCUUCUGACGAGGACGAUAGCUUCUCACAAGCCGAAACAAGGUGUCAUUUGCGUGAUGCGUGCAGCGGGAUGGCCAUGGAUUAGGCUGACGGUUCAGAAGGCGAGAUCUAUCACAGUGAAACUACAGACAAACACACACAAUCAGCGCAUGGUAAGUGUAUUCUAGAUAAAAAUGUCAUCUUGACGGCUAAGUUGACAAAGUGUUUUCACUGUUACGCGAUGGAAAAAUAAGUUUGAAACCGUUCAACGAAAGAAGCCAAGAAAAUAAAAUGUUACAAUCAAGGGUCGGGGGAGCGGGGGGAAGGGACGAGGUCUGGGACCGAGAAACGAUGUUGUCACAACUUGCAAAGCGGUCACCCAGCGUGGUGGUCAGGGGAUAAUUACAGUAUUUUUCCCACAGUAAAUAUUUUUAGACUUUUUAGAAGCAAGAAGCGAACCAACGGAGGAAAUAAGAAAUGCUUAAAAAUUGAAAAAAAAAAAAAAAAUCAUGUAUCUUUGUUUUUCUUGCAUAUCCUAUUCGUCUUUCGGUACUGAAAUGCGGGGGAAACUAAAACGCAACCGUGCUAGAUCUUAACCAACAACAAUGCCCUCGAUGGAUUUAUUUAUAGGUUACAUCGUUUUUGCUGGGCAAGGAUAACUUGAUACUGAUAUAAAAAAUUACUGGAGCAAGUGUCAAAUUUAUCGGAAGCAGGUAUAUUCAAGAGAGCUUUAUUAAACUGAGCUUACUGCUGUAGAUAUCAUAACUGAAUAAAAAUUAACACUUCAUAACAUUUCACUUCGUUUAUUUCGAUCAGUCAACACCUUGAAUCCAAAGUUAAAAUUCAAAACGAUCCUAAAACAAAUCACAACUAUUACUGAAAGCUCUGUACCUUGAAGCGACUUUAACUUUCCUAUGGUUUGCAGCAAAACACUGCUCGAUAGCUCAACUCUUCGGCGGAUCUUAGCAGCUAUUCAGAGCUAUAUGUUGUAUACUCCAACUCUGCAAAGGGAAAUUGUUUAACAGAAGAAGAAAACCACACACUAUGUCUGAAAAGCGACAUAAAAUCAAGAAAUUUGCGAAUUACCAAAAUAUAAUAGUGAGAAACAGUCCCGCCUUCGACUGCCGUGUUUUUGCUUUUUCUCAAGACCGUUGAUCUAUGGUUUUUGACGUAAUGCGCAUGAUCAGUACACAAAUCCGCUGGCAAGACCCUUGCUGAUCGCUUCGCAAGUUGUGAGAACAUCAUUUGGAUUUCAUUUAAGAGAAUGUAUGGGAAGUAGCUUCCCCCACCCUGGUUACAAUAGACUCAUGAUCAUAAAUGUACCAAGUAAGUUUAUGUAAGUCUUGAGUCUUGGGUAACUUGCUGAUUAAAUAAUUCCAAAAGUUCGAAAAGUUAAAAGUGAUGCAGAAACAAAUGCAAAUGCAAAGCACCUUUUAGUUGGUAGGACAGACUCCUUAUGUUUUUGUUGUAUCGUGUUUUAUUUUGCAAUUUUGAAAAUAGUAGUCAAUUUUGUAAAACUUUUUUGGGCUUAAAUUACUUGUAAAUGCUGUAACAUUGUAUUUUUCCUUUAUCUCUUGUACGUUUUUUGUAUUUUUCCUCCAUGUAAAUGUAAGUAUUGUCAUUAGAAGUGUGGUAACCAAAUAAAUGUUACUAAAAAAAAUAAAAAAUAAAAAAAAUGUAAAUGAUCAGAAAAAAAAAAAGUCUCGGGUCUGUGCGUCGUGCAACGCAGGUUUAGUUACAUUUUCCAAAAAGGGACGCGCAAUUUUACAGCACUCAACCAGGUUUUGGCAUCCAGCGGUUUUAGUGAAAAAACAAGAGUUUGGGUGGGGUGUUCAGUCACGCAGGCUCAUAUUAAAAACCUGGUCUUGCUGAUUCUUAUUUACGGAUUUUCAUUGCAUUAGGCAUGGGUCGCACUUGGAAAAUUGUUUGGAGAAUUAAUUCUUUUAAGUCUACCUUGCGUCAGAAAUCUGUCCUCGGUCGAAAACAAUAAAUUUGCUAAUUUAAAUUUACUAAGGUAAUAUAAUUUUAUUUUUUACCUUACCCACUUCCCCAAAUAGCGAUUUUGAUGAUGAGGUGCCCUUUUAUAUGUCAAUCAAUUUGAAAACAAACAUCCAAUACCAAAAUGGCGUAAAAAGUUACACUUCUUUGCUGAUUGUUUUUAUUUUGAAACCUGUAUUAUGUAACUUGGUUUAAAAUACCUCACUAAUAUCUUAUUGAAAGGUUACAUGUAGCUUGUGGACUGAUAUGAUUGGACUAUGUAAUCUUGGAUUUCCCUGAUCUGUUAGGACUAUACAUAAUUGAGUGUGCAUCCAAUACUUUGUAAUAAUAUUAUUAGUAGUAAGUAUUAUUUUUUGUUGUUCAUUACUUAUCAGAUACCACUGGAGUGCCCAUUAAAAAUCUUGAAGUCGAGGAUUAUUUGUUAUUAAAAGGGAGUGAUUCAGAUUCCAGUGAUUUUAUGUACCAUGAAAAGAUGCGACCAGAUGUUUUGAUGGAAUUUUGGAACAUCGCAGGUGAAGAUGUCAAUGAAGACUUCCCUCAAGGUCUAAGUAAUGUGCCCACGGUGGAUGUCUCUGAAACCUCAAGAAUAAUCGCAAGUGCAAGAGCUAUUGUUCGUUGGAUGCUAAUAUUUCUAUGCCUGUGGUCAUCUUUUUGCUCACUCUCUGACAAUGCCUUUGAAGCACUCCUUGCUUUUUUACGUGCAGUUUUUGAUUCCUUGGGAACCAUUUUUCCAAUAGUGGAAAGGUUUGGUAUGUUACUUCCAAAAUCACUCCAUUUGCUUCGGAAACAACUUGGACUUGAUCGGGAUAAGUUCAUAAAGUAUGUUGUGUGCCCCAAGUGUCACAGUUUAUAUAACUUUGAUGAUUGCUAUGAAACUCUUCACAGACGAAAAGUCUCAAAAAAUUGCACUUUUGUCCAGUACCCACAUCACCGACAGCAUUUUCGCAGGACUGCAUGCAGGGAACCCCUACUUAAAGAGGUAACAUUAAAGACAGGUGAAACAAAACUUUACCCAUUCAAAGUGUACUGCUACAAUAGUGUCACUGAAAAUCUAAAGUAUUUUCUUCAAAGACCUGGCUUUGCCUCUAUGUGUGAAUCAUGGAGAAACAGGGAUAUUCCAGUUGGAUAUCUAGCUGAUGUAUUUGAUGGUCGCAUCUGGAAGGAAUGGCAAUUUGCCUUUGGAAAACCUUUCCUUGCAGCACCUAGAAAUUAUGGUUUUAUGCUGAAUGUAGACUGGUUUCAGCCAUUCCGACACUCACUGUACAGUGUGGGGGCUCUAUACAUGGCAUUGAUGAACCUUCCAAGAACUGAAAGGUUCAAACCAGAGAAUGUGUUUUUUGAUUGGUGUCAUUCCUGGGCCCCAUGAACCUAAACUGAACAUUAAUACUUACUUGCAGCCUCUUGUUGCUGAGUUGAGAGCCUUGUGGGAACAUGGUGUAAGUAUUAAAGCACAUGGCCUGACCUCAACCCAGGUAUUUCGCGGCAGCACUUCUGUGUGUAGGUUGCGAUGUCCCUGCAGCAAGAAAGGUUUGUGGUUUUACAGGUCAUGCAUCAAACGUUGGCUGUUCUAAGUGUCAAAAGCAUUUUCCAGGCACAGUGGCAACUAAAAUUGAUUUCUCUGGAUUCGAUCCUUCACCUCUACGAAGUAAUCAGGAACACCGGCAGCAAGCUCAAGAGAUCCUGAACCAGACCUCUGCAGGUGACUGUUCCUCCUUGGAGCAAAAGUAUGGUACUAGGUACAGCGAACUGAUGCAGUUACCGUACUUUGACUGUGUCCGUUUUCACAUAGUUGAUCCAAUGCAUAACCUCUUUACAGGAACAGCAAAACAUGUCAUGAGGAACAUUUGGCUUGACUCAGACAAGCCAUUACUUGACAAGAACGACUUGCUUCAGGUACAGGAGAAAUUGGACAAGGUGAAAGUGCCAGCCUCUGUUGGAAGAAUGCCUAAGAAAAUUAGGAACAACUAUGGAGGUUUCACUGCUGAUCAAUGGAAGACAUUCACCGUGAUAUUUUCCAUAUAUUCAUUAUGGAACAUCUUGCCAAAGGAUGACUUAGAACUGUGGCGUGAGUUUGUUUUGGCUUGUUCAUAUUUAUGUGCAUCUGUUAUAACAGAGGCUAAAGCAAUGUUGGCUCACACACACCUCUUAAACUUUGGCAAGCGUUUUGAAGAAUUGUAUGGUAAAGAAACAGUCACCCCAAAUAUGCAUUUGCAUACACAUCUUUUAGACUGUGUUUUGGAUUACGGUCCUGUAUAUGCUUUUUGGUUGUUCAGUUUUGAGCGUUACAACGGCAUCUUGGGAGAGUAUGGUACAAAUCAACGAGCAGUUGAGAUACAGUUAAUGAGGAAGUUUACUUCAAAUCAGUCUAUGAAAGACAUUCCCCAUCCAGAUUUGUUUCAAGAAAGAUUUAAGCCAUUACUAUCAAGACUGACUAGUAAACAGUCAGGAACUCUGCAAGAAGGCUCCUCAAAUGAAGAUGACAAAUCUUUUUUUCACAAGUCAUCCAUGCAAGUCGCCUCUCCAUUGGCCCUGUACAAAGAGGUGAUCAGUGGUCCUGUGCAGAGUCCCUGUUCAUGUGCUGUGGACCUUCUUCCAGAGAUUGUUUUGAUGCUAGUGACCUUUGUCAUUUAA